AUGGAGCCAGCACAUGCGAUACUUCUAAAGCGAUUAUCGCCAGAAGAAGAAACAGCUCUAGAAGCUCGCAGAAUAAUGUCAGCUAUUGAACACCGUAAAUUUGCCGUUUCGAAGCAGAACGCUCCAGCACAAGUGAACUGGGCAGUUGACCCAGAUGAGAGGACCAAACAGAUCCAAUCGGUAUUCAUGGAAACACUUGAACCCGAGGCCAACCUUUAUAUUCGAGAUGCUGAAGAUAAACAAGCGGAAAUUGACCAGCUUGAGAUUACGCUUCGAGAAAAGGUCAACAGCUACUCAAUGACAGCGUACAAUUCUCUUGAAGCUAUGGUUCAAUCUCUGCUGCUCAUUGACAAUGGAGAAAAGACCUACAAGAAUCUACACGCCGACGUUAUUGGGGCGUUAGAUGACUGUACUGACAAGUUUUCUCAACUCAGUAUUGCAUGCAAAGAUAGUGUGCAUGACUUCGGUAACAAGGCUGGGGAUUGCAUGGAGCUCAAAGACAGUAUUGAUUCCAUAAUGGAACGAAAGCAAGAACGUGAUCAAAACUUGGACAAACACCGUCAACGUGAACAAGUGUUGGCUCAACAGCUUCGCGAUAUCCAGUCAAGUUCAAGUGACUUUGGUUUCCAAUUCUCCAGUAUUUUCAGCGACAAUGCCAAAAAUGACUUGCAAAACAGAGUCGAUGACGCGCAGGAUCGGCUCCACAGAAAUGCACAGGAGCAGCAUAUGGAGCUUAAGAAGAUUGAGCAGUUCUACCGACUGGCUAUCACUUCAUUGAAUAGCGGUGCUGCUAUCGCGACUCUCAUAGAGCAGGUCCAAAGAACUCAUGAAAAGAUGGGUCUUGAGUACUCUCAUGCCAUUGACCAUCAUAAAGCUGCUGAUGGGCUUUUUCGAGGACUUCUUGACUUGAAGAACAAACUCUAUGCUGGAGAUUGGACUUCGACUCGCGAUAGAUCUCUUCAGGUUGUUCUGCAGCUGAUGCAGCAGGAUGAUGAAGUUUUCCAGCGCCAGGCCUACUAUGAGGAUAUGGAGCUUAGAGUCAAAGCUGCAAUUAAUGUCAAAUAUCACACAGCUAUCACAAAAUUGUGCCAAACCGCCCCAUUAGACUUUGUGUUAAUAAAGCUGCUUGCAACGUGGGACAAGCCCUUUCCUACUACACGGUCCUACUCAAUGAUGAACGAAUUGGACUGUUAA